AUGAAAAAAUAAAGUGAGAAUGAAAAAAUUGCUAUAUAUGCAUCAUAGAUGAUGAAAUUGCAUGGAAAAAUCUUAGAGAAGAAAUUGACUAAAGUGUCUUCAAAACAGUAAUUUGAAAGUCAAUCCUAAAAUAUCUCGAAUAAUAAUAGUCCUGCUGUUGGAAGAUAAAAAUCAUAUGAAAAUUUAUUGAAAGUAAAUAGAACAUUCAUAAACCCAACAAUUUAAGUGUCCUAAUAAAAAUUAUGUAGCAUUUUAAAUGUAAUGGCAGGCUAACAGACGAAACCUAAAAAUUAAAGUUUAUUUAACAAUGAAUUAAUUGAUACAGUGAAGAUAUCUCAUAAAUUAAGAAAGAAUUAAUCCAUGAUGUAAAUAGAGUAAUAAUCACCUUAACUUACUAAAAACUCAUCUUUUCAUAGACCCAAUUCAAGUGUUAAAAUAAAGAAUAGCAAUAGUAUUUCAUGUGAUUAGACUCAAAUUCAAAAGAUAAAAGAAAAGAUCAAAUCUCUUUUACAAGAUAGAGAGAAUUAUAUGUAAUAGGAUUAAAAAGAAACUACAUUUAUGAUAAAAUUUAAUUAAGCACUAAAUUAAUUAUUAGCAGUUAUAUUUAGAGAUUAGUAAAAUAUUUAACAAAAUUCAAAUUAAAAUAUAAAUCAUACUCUAUAAAUUAAUCAUUUCUUUAAAAGAUAAAUUUAGAUUCUACAAUAAUCAUUAUAAUAACAAAUGGAAAAGAAGAAAAUUGAGAACAUACUUAUUUCAAUAAAAAAGAAACAUGAGAGUUUAUUAUCUGAGCAUAAUUAGUUAUUAGAAAUUAAAAAGUCUUAAGAUGAAAUAAUUGUUAAUUUAUAAUAAUAAAUUAAUGCAUUAUCAACUUAAAUCAGAUAGAAUAAUCAUAUAGGUUAAAAUGAUACAGGUAGAGAUUUCUAAUACAUAUAGAAAUUUUAGAGUUGAAAAAUUUAGUACAAGGAUAAUUUGAAGCUAUAUAAAAGUUACUACAAAGAGAGCAAUUAACCAAGGUAUUCUUAAAAAGAGUUGGUGAUAGUUCCAUAAUAGAGUAAAUCAUUAAAAUAUUAUAAUAGAAUGUUCUAAUAAUUUAUCUCUAAUGCAGAAUAAGGAGAUCAAGAUGAAACAGAAGGAAACUUACAUAUAGAUAUAAAUACUUAAAAUUAACCUAAUUCUCUUAAUAAACUACAAACUCCUAAAUAAAAAAUUAAUUCUUAAGAUUAAAUUAAAUAUCAUCUUUAAAUCUUGUCAUAAUAUGAGGAUAAUUAUAAAUAAUAGCUAAACUUAUGUGAUUCUUUAUUGGCAGAUGAUUCAAGUACUAAUUCUUAUAUUUAUAUGUAGGAAUAAAUGAUUCUGAAGAAAGCAGUUUUGAUUAUAUAGGCAAAGAAUAAGCAACUGAGAUAAGUUGUUAUUUUAAUUUAGCAUCUAACUUUGUUUAACCAUAAAUGAAGAAAAAAAACAAUUACAUGAUAUCCAAAGAGAAAUUAAGAAUAAAUAUGAUGGAUGUUUUAUUAGCUUAAGCUGCGUAUAUAAAUUUUAUUAAAUUUUAUAUAGACAAAACCAUUAAGAAAUUUUAGAAUAAUAAUAAUUACAGUAAUAGAAGAUUUUGCCUGAUGAUUUAUUGGAUGAAGAUUAAAUGGAUGAUGACUACUAAUCUUAUGAGGAGGUAUAUAAAUCUAAAAAAUUAGUAUUGA